GGACGGAGGAGGAGGAGGAGGAGUUGUGGUGUCGGUCUGCAGCUCAGAUCAGACUUUCACACAAAAGCCCGGAGCUGCCGAGAGACGGCCAACCGACAGCCAGUCUGUCUGUCCGUCUGUUUGGACAAACUGACGCUGAAGAGAAAGAGCAAAAAGUCUUCAGAGGGAGUCAAACCGAAGCAGCAGGAGGAGCAGAAAUCAGAAAAAGUGGAGGCACUCGAGCAGGAGAGCUGAGUCGGCACAUUCUGCUCUAAAGCUCCUACAGACGUGUUUGAUUUCAGGAUUCUGGAUCCUCAAAAGUUGUUCCUCAGCUUUAUCUCAGAGGAGCUGGACUGACAGAAACCCUCAGUCGGCACACCCGGGGAUGGUUUUUAAUCUGAAAACCACAUCAGCCAGAUUCCUCUGAUUGUUUCUGCGGAUACGUGACGUGGAGAUGGAGGCACAGAGACUGGUAACGUUUAGAUUCCUGAAAGAGUGACAAAGAGGAAAAGAUGGGAGCGAGAGGGGGAGGAUGAAGGAGGGUGAGACAUUUUUGACCUCCACAUGGCUUCAGCCAGAGAGCAAACCACCAGAGAGUCGCAGCUGAAGUUCAUUUUCCUGAAUGGAGAAAAGAGUGAAGCAGAUAACCGAUGCCGAGUGCGCCUGUGUGGAUUUCCCUGAGAGCAAAACCGACUCUGACAAGCAGAAAGUGACUGAUUCAAAAACAAACACCCAUUUUUUAAAAUAAAAAGAAAAGAGAGAAGGAAAAAUCUCAUGAGAGUGGAGAAUGAACUGAAUAAACUCUGACCUGCGUACAGGUGUGCAGUGACGUACCUGUGCAGGCAUGCAGCUGAACCGACCUCGCAGCUCUCUGCUCAGCCUCCCUGCUCCUCCUGCUCCCUCCUUCUCCAGUCAGUUCAGCACCAUGAGGUUCUCCUACCACCUCAACACGCCGCCACAUGGCAGCCACAGCGCCACCUGCAGGACAGGUCCCUCCUCCUCCUCCAGUCCCAGCUUGCUGACUAAGAGCCUCUCUCUGGAGCCGUCCUGCUCACCGUGCGGCCACCUGGGGGCGCUGGAUGCCGACUCUUCGCAGCAGCCGAGCUCUGACCCGGGGCCGACCUCUUCCACAUCAGGUCCCGCCUCCUUGGAGGGAGGGGCAGAGCUAGCAGAACGCCGUGGCUCUGCGAAUGGGCUCCUGCUGGUGAACGACACGGGGCCGCCGGAGCUGCCAGCUACCACAAUUACACCACCGAGCAAGAGCAGGCCGCCGCUGCCGGGACCUAAACCUCAGGUGCCACCGAAACCCCCCCACCUCCAGCAGCAAACAGGGGUUUCCAGGCCACGCCCCCGAGCACCUGAAAAGCCCCUCCCACCUACACCCCCCUGCAAACCCCUCCCAGCGGACCCUCGGGCAGGACGACCUCCACCAAUUCGUGCAGACGGCACCGCCUCCCCCACCUGUGUCCUGUCACUCAUCGAGAAGUUUGAGCGGGAACAGAUCAUUGUGGUUCCUGACAUCACCGGUGGGGCGCUGUGUCCCCGCCUCUCCGACCCCCCCUCCUCUCUCUCAUCCUCCCGACCUUCAUCACCACCAUCAUCAUCACUGGCCCCGCCCCUCCCUGAAGAGGAGCCGUCCUGUGAGCUCACGAGCCACGACGACAUCACACAGGGGGAUGAGGGUGGGCCUGAGGGUGAGGAUGAGGGGGGAGUGGGUGAUCUACCUGAUGAGGAAGAUGACAAUAAUGGCGAUGAUGGCGAUGACGGCGAUGACGGUGAUGACGAUGAAGACGAUGAUGAUGAAGAGCUGGCGGCUGCUUGCCGGGACGAUCACCAUCACAAGCGUCUGUCCAUGGAGUCGGGUUACAGCCCCUCAGAGAAACAUGUAGAGGAUGAUGUGGUUGCCGUGGAAAUGAGGGAGCAGCAGCUGCAGCCGGUGCUGCUCGACCAAUCAGAGUUGCCCUCCGAGCGUCUGUCCCUCCCCUCCUCGCAGACGGACGGCAAGCUGGCCAAUCGAGACAGCGGCAUCGACAGCAUCAGCUCUCCAUCGCACAGCGAGGAGCUCUGCUUCGCGGGUGUGGAUGAUGGGGGCGUGGCCUAUCAGUGCAGCCCCGCCCUUUUGCCCAGACUCUCCAGCUCAUCCUCAUAUGCUGGGGAGGGAGGUGAGGGGGAAGGGGAAGAGGGGGAGCCGAGGGCAGGUGCGAGGCGGAGGAGGGAGUUUUCAGAGGAGGGAGACAGCGACCUGGAGGAAGAGGAGGCGGAGCUAACUCUGGUGCUGGCCCCUCCCAAGACAGACCGACAGGACUCUGCUGAGAUGUCUGUCCAGCAGAGGGUCUUCAACAUCGCCAAUGAGCUGCUGCACACAGAGACUGCCUACGUCUCAAAGCUCCACCUGCUGGACCAGGUUUUCUGCGCCAGACUCCUGGAGGAGGCUCGGUCUCGCUCCUCCUUCCCCUGUGAUGUCGUUCUGGGGAUCUUCUCCAACAUCUGCUCCAUCUACUGUUUCCACCAGCAGUUCCUGCUGCCGGCGCUGCAGAAACGCAUGGAGGAGUGGGACUUAAACCCGCGGAUCGGUGACAUCUUACAGAAGCUGGCCCCCUUCCUGAAGAUGUACGGCGAGUACGUGAAGAACUUUGACCGAGCCAUGGAGCUGGUGAACAUCUGGAUGGAGAGAUCGACUCAGUUCAAGACCAUCAUCCAGGAGAUACAGAGGGAGGAGCGCUGUGGGAACCUGACUCUGCAGCACCACAUGCUGGAGCCGGUUCAGAGGAUUCCUCGCUAUGAGCUGCUGCUCAAAGAUUACCUCCACAGGCUGCCAGAGGACGCCCCGGACUACAGGGACGCACAGAAGUCUCUGGAGCUGAUCGCCACAGCAGCCGAACACUCCAACGCUGCCAUCAGGAAGAUGGAGCGAAUGAGGAAGCUGUUGAAGGUGUACGAGUUGUUGGGAGGAGAAGAAGACAUUGUUAACCCAACUAACGAGCUCAUUAAAGAGGGACACAUCCUCAAGCUGUCCAAUAAGAACGGGACCACGCAGGACAGAUACCUGAUACUGUUCAAUGACAGGUUACUGUAUUGCGUCCCGAAGCUGCGUCUGAUUGGUCAGAAGUACAGCGUCCGAGCCCGAAUCGACGUGGACGGCAUGGAGCUGAAGGAGACGAGCAGCGUCGCUGUCGCCAGGACGUUCCUGGUGUCGGGAAAACAGAGAUCCCUGGAGCUGCAGGCCAGGACGGAGGAGGAGAAGAAAGACUGGAUCCAGGCCAUCCAGGCGACCAUCCAGAGGCACGAGCAGACGAUGGAGAGUUUCCGACACUUGAACUGUUCACUCCGAGACGAUGACUCCACGCCGCCUCACUCUCCGAGCUGUGCCGAGCUGGGGAAACGAGCUCCGACUCCCAUCAGAGAGAAGGAAGUGACUCUGUGCAUGAAGUGUCAGGAGCCAUUCAACUCCAUCACCAAGAGGCGCCACCACUGCAAAGCCUGUGGACACGUGGUUUGUGGGAAAUGCUCGGAGUUCCGCGCUCGCCUGUCGUACGACAACAACCGAGCCAACCGCGUUUGCAUCGACUGCUACGCCACGCUCGUGGGCGUGUCGCCGUCUCCCGCCGGGCUGACCAGCAGCAGCCACAGAAGACGCUCCAUCCUGGAGAAACAGGCCUCGUUGGCAGCAGAGAACAGUGUGAUUUGUAGUUUUCUGCAUCACAUGGAGAAAGGAGGAGGGCGGGGCUGGCAGAAAGCCUGGUUCGUCAUCCCCGAGAACGAGCCGCUGGUGCUCUACAUCUACGGAGCUCCACAGGAUGUGAAGGCGCAGCGCAGCGUGCCUCUGAUUGGCUUCGAGGUCUCUCUGCCCGAGUCGUGUGACCGCCUGGAGCGACGCCACGCCUUCAAGAUCUCCCAGAGCCACCUGACCCUCUACUUCAGCGCCGACGGGGAAGAACUGCAGCGGCGAUGGAUGGACAUCCUGUCCAGGGCCGGGAGGGGGGAGGAGCUUCAGUUCCACCGACCAAUUGUGGAGAGUCUUGAGGAGGAGGGGGAGGAGUUUGCAGCUGUGGCAGAGGAAGAAAACACGUGAUUCUGUAGGACAAGGAAUGAUGGCGAUGAUGAAGAUGGGGGCCUUUAAAUGAGGAUCAGUUGGAAACCAGAAAACAAAACUGUUGUAGCUAAAAUAUCUCACACACACACACACACACACACACACACUCUGCUCUCUGUGUAUUUAAAGUUGCGUGGUUCGUCUGCAUGAUUCCUCCCGGCUGUCCACACGAGUUGGCGUCUCUCACUCUUUCUCUCUGUCUCACUUCACCUUUUUCUAACCAGUGUUGAAUCGGUGUAGUGGGCGGAGCCUCGCCUUUGAACAAUCACAUCACACUCAUUCGAGUGUCCUGCGCCACCAUUUUCUUGAUUUCAGCACUCCCGCGAGCCUCAGCUUCAUCCGGAGUUAUGACAUCACCGUCGCGUCCUAUUUGAAACAUUUCGUCCACAAAGACCCGAAAGAGAAACGAUGAGAGCUGUAAGGAGCACGUGCACCAUUAUAGUAACAAUUCAACAUUUUUCUCCCUGCUGUCGCGCAAAUAAACCAGAAGACGCCGCCUCUUGUUUGUGGCCACUUUUUGAUACUUCACAGAAUAAAUAAAGAUUCAGUAUAAAAACGAUCCGCACAUGAAUUGAUGAGGACAAGCUUCUUACUUUCAGCUGCUGCAAACCCCGAAGCUCUCUGAUUGGACGUUUCCUGGACUUGAUCAACAAUAAAGCACAUCGAACCAACCCCACUGCAAGUCCUCCGCCGCCCACACUUUAAGUUCAUGUAACUGGAUUUCUGGUGAGAGUCUCUCGCUGGUUUGUAACAGGUUUGGUGACUGGGAGCAAAUAAAGUCACAUUUCCUCUACAAGUAAUCAGAGGUGUUACUUCCAGGGACUCAUGUUGAGAAACUUCACCCAGUGUGGGAUAAAAUCCUCGUUUCGAUUUGGUUCCUCUGGUGGAAAAGCUGGUAGAAGAACUGAGCUCCUCAGCAGGCGUCACAGGAAAUGGAAACAACUUUUAAAUAUGAUGUGUCUGAGUCAAACAGCAAAAACAACGUUUCAGAACCACGUUAGUCUUCUCCUGAUGUCGUCUCCUGCCUGGAUUAAUCCUCUAUGAGCUCCUAAACAUCCACACAACAUGCAGAAUGUGCUCCAGCAUAAAGCAGAGGAAGAACCCACAAACUGCAAGUAAAAAAAAUCCAUAUGAAGAUUCAAAACACAGUUAUUAUUUUGUAUAAACACAAAUGUCUGACAAAACAGAGAAAAUGUCAGGAGCGAGUAAUCCGAGCAUCCUUAAACCCUCACUUAUAGUCAGAUGAAAGCUGAUUGGUUGUGGAAGUGUGACUCAGGUCCUGAUUGAGAACAACAGGCUCCAAAGGUCAGACGUGUGAAUCCCAAAUGUAAGGUGAGGAUGUGAAUAAGCAGCAGGUUUCCUCCCUGCGUUAAAAAAAGAAGCUGAGCUAAAAAAGGUCGAUGGUGGGAACAGCAGAUUUGAAAAACAAAGGAAGAAUUGGACCGAUGUUUCCUUCAUCGAUGCACUUAAAUGACUUUUGGAUUUUUACCGCCAAUUUACCCCAGUGAAGAAAUUCUGGCUUUCAACUUUUCAACCAAUUGGAGGAAAGCAGCAUUUCCUCUUAGCUGAAGCUUUCCUGCCCUCUGCUGGUAAAGUCCGGAACUGCAGUUUUAAAAAAAAAAUCACUGAUCCUGUUCCUCACAGACCUGCAGAAAGUAGCUCAACGUUUGACGGUUUUAUUUAAACUUCUCAGUCUGAGAUAUUUUUUCAUGUAUUUAUUUCCUGAGAGGAUGAUGUUUGUUUCUCAGAGUUCAAACAGUUUCUUCAGUCCGACUAAAAAAAGAAAAAAGCUGAAUCAGACAAACUGGAAGUUUCUUAUAUUUAUUUAUGCUUAACAACCGAAGAGGUGUUGUUAACCGUUCAGAGUCUUCUGCACAAUAAUAAUAUUAUUAAUAAUAGUGAGUUAAAUGUUGAUGAUUGAUUUUCAGAUUUUCUUUUGAAAUUAGGAUUUUCUGCUCUUGAUCUUCAAAGGUUGGUAUGAAAGGACUUUGUAGCUUUGUAACUCUUUCUGAUGCAGAUACAGUCUCAGUUAAAACGACUAAAAAUAAACAUUUUGACUUCACAUGUUCUGAUUUUGACAUAAUGCCCUAAAUUUAAUAGACAGUUCUGUUAAUGUUUCAUUAUUUAAUCCGACUGAGGUACAAACGCCAACAUUUUAAGGUAACGCUUUGCAUUCAGGAAAGAAAAGCCUUUCAAGGAGGUUCUCGUGUAAAUAUGAUUCAGUUUUUAUAAUUAUUAGGUAUGUAAGUCAUGUGGUCCUGUUAAACUACAACCUCCAAAAUACUUUGCUUUUGUGAAUGCAAAAUGUCAAACAUAUAAUUUAAAAAGAACAAAACUAGCUGCUCCCAGUGUCUGAUUUUUGUUUUUUAAUGGCAGUAAAAUGAAUAUUUUGGAGUUUUAGAUUGUUGAUUCAGACAUUUGAAGACUUGGACUCUGAGAAACUGACGUUUUCUGACUUUUAUUGACCAGAAGAUUUAUACGAUAUAAAAAGUAAUAAUGGAAAUAAUCGUCCAAUGAAAGGACUCUUACGAUGAUGUUUUUUGGAUGUAUAACGUUUGGAUGUUUUUAAGGACAGAGUCUCUAACAGGUCCUGGACCGGACGGCGGACCUUCACGUCUCUCUGGGUCUGACCCAUUCGGUCUUUUGUUUCCUGAAAUGAAUCCAGCGAUUAGAUGGAGCCGAUCUGAACAGAAAUCAAAAGAAAAACUAAAGGCUUUUGUUGUUUUUCUUCUUUUGACUUGCAGUGGUUCAGUAUUUCUCUCUCUGUCUCUAUAAACACAUUUUGGACAAAGUGUUUUGAUAGUGGAAAAAAAAAGCAGAUAUUAUGAAUAUUAUUGUUACACUACGAUGAACUGAAACGACUUGUUGUUGGAUAUUUCUGUGUUUAUGAGUCUGGAUUGUGUUGAUGUUUGCUUGAUGCAAGUUGAUGCAAGAAGAAAACAAAGUAAAGAUUUUGUAAAUAUAUAAUUUAUUCUCCCGUGACCCUGUCAGGUCAUGUGACUGUGUAAAGGUUAAAAGGUUAACGCUUGCUGUUCCUCCGCACAGCCAGAGCCACGCAGACGGUUCGAGGACUGAUGGGGUGAAGGUUAAAGGAACAACCUGACGUUUCAGUGACGUCUGUAGCUGUGAGAUCGAACACUGGAAGCAGGGGGAACCUGUUAGCGCAGAAAGGAAAAGAAAACACUGCCCGGCCAAAAAGAAACGUCACACACUCGUAUGGUUUUCUGGACCGCCUUUAAAUUUGUGGUUUGUGUCGACAAACCUGUGCAUAGUCACAACAAACUUAUUUCCAUCCAGAGUUGUGGUCAUUUAUUGACAGCAAGGUCUUUGAUGAUUGAAGAUUCGAAUCCCUGUCUUAAAGAUUCUCAGGUCUGGACUCUGUGGUGGCCAAUCUGAUUUGAGCCUGAUGCAUCCUGGCAAAUCCAAUCAUUCCCGUGGUCAGCUGACCUGUUCUACGUCACGUAACAUUGCUGAACCAUGACCUGACCAACUGAAGAAACCCCAGAUCAUAGUCGUCAUGACCUUUGUCCAGUGCUCCAGAGUCCGGUCUUUAUGCUCCCUAACAAAUCAAAGCUCUUCUUUUCAAUUAGCUCCACCAAUAAUUGCUUUCCUUAAGGGGACACAGAUGUUUUGUCCCAAUCACUGCGUGUGGAAAUUGAAUUUUUUACACGUUCACCAAACGUUGAAAGUGACAGCCGAUCCCAAUCGUUCAACACAUUUUUCAGACCACAUAUCUUUUUUGAAGAUGAUGGUUGAACACUUUCUGGAUAAUUCGUAACCCAGUCCUAUGAUUUUCAGUAAUCUUUGCUUGAAGCGAUAAUUUGACCUUCUAGUAAGAAAGUAACGUGUUUCCCAUGACCCAGGAUACGUCUUCUGACACGGUUUUUAAAAAAAUAAGAAGCUACUCAUAUUAAUCACUGGACUAAUUAUCCAGAGGAUGGCUCUUACCCAUUUGCUUAUUGAACUCUAGAUAGUGACUUUUUUUUUGGUUUGGCAGUGGAUAAACUUUUAAGAUGGCUGGUAGAGAGGAGUGUAGUAUGUCGAUGUGGUGGUUAUCUUUGAGCGGAGUUUAAAAGACGACGCUUUUCCAGGACAGCUUUCUAAAGUUUUCUGUCAGAAUUGAUCCAAAUUCUGCUCAAGAUGGUGGAAGUUGUAAAAUUAGACAGGAAGAAAUACAAGUGAAGAAAGUUAAAAGAAGUUGAAGAGUAAUUGCAACAGGCUGCAUGCAGCUGCUUUGCCUCGUUAACAGACUGUUAAUCAGUUAUUGGUGGUCGCUGAUAAAGCUAAAAUACCAAAGAUGUGCUUGUUCCUCCUUCUUUCCUUUUCUGCUGGACCGUCACAGUUUAAAGGCCAAGCUACUCAUCAAAAAUCAGUCAAAAUCAUGAAACUUGUGCUAGUUAUCGAGCUAAUGACACGCAGCUGCUUUCUCUUAAUGUAAAAUGCAAAUGAAUAGGUUGGAAAAGCUAAGCUAACAGUUCCCCUUUGCUUCCACAGUUUGUGCUAAGCUACAUGCUAACCAGAGCCGAAUCUCUGGGAAGCGUUUCGUGAUUCUGCAUUACACAAACAUUCCUCUCAAAAUGUGGAAGUUUUUCUUUAGCUUCUACCUCGCCGCCUCGCUAUCUGGUGCUCAGUCUGCACGUGGCUCUGGUUGCUACAGUGUGUUUUUUAGCGUGUUUUUGGCAUGCAAAGCAGUGAUAAUGGAAGGAAAUGGCCAGUAACUCAGCCUUAUAUAGCUCCCAUCGUCAUCAACUGUUUUGAUGUGGUGAAAAAUGUGUUGCGUGGUCAACGCUUAAGUUGCUUCUUUUUGUUUUGAGUUUUAUUGAAUCUUUUCUGUUGCCAGAGAUCAUUGCAGACUGGAUUAAACUGUUCCUCACUGGUUCUGACGACAGUAUAUAAAGAUGGACACCAUGAAGUUAGCCAUUGGUUUGUGUGGAAUCCAUAGAUACUGGAUAAUUAAUGCUAAAUAGCAAAUUAAAGUAGUACAAUUUCACUUAAAAAACAAGUUAUAAUAUGUAUAAGAUAAUUUUAUUACAUGAAAACUGUCAAUUUGGUUCACUCAUUGGAUUUAAAUUUGUUGGCUGUAACGUCUUUGUAGAGAUUCUUCUGCCAAUCAAAGUAGGGACGCCUCUAAUACUGACAACUUAAGUAUAACUAAGUUCACCCCACUACAGUUUUUAUAAAGGUUUAAAUUAGCCACAGAGACCAAACCCAUGUUGUGGACCAGGGCGUGAACAUGUUUGUUUCUGCUGUACACUCAGACAUUUUAACAUGGGAGUCUAUGGAGACUCACUGUUGUAGGCAGCCUCAAGUGGCCAGUUGAGGAACUGCAGUUUAAAAACAAUGGGUACUUGCUGCAUGGUUUGAACUAUUUAAAUAAAGUUUAAAUAGGCAUCCGCUUCAGCCCCUGAUGCGGUUUGUAGUUUCAGAGCAGUGAGAUGCUGGUGCUGGUCUAGGAUCAGUUAUUCUGUCCAAAGAAGAGAAACUGGCUUCUGUGUAAAAACUCCUCUAGUUCUGAUUUUUGCCUUACAGCUUCUGAACUCUUCUUUGUGCCAAUUCAGAUGGGUGUCAGUAUUUAGCCUUUCAGUCUGCAGCUUUAUAUUUAUUUGUUAUUUUAUUCCAAAGGUGUUAUUACUGCUUUUAUUGCUCUUUUUAUUAUUAUUAUUUUUACUGUUUUUGUUUUCUUCGGGGCAGUUCUGAUGUGAUCACAGGGGCGUUUGUGCUGUGGACUGUUAAUGGCUGACGUUCCCACACCUCUGGUGUAACAGCAGCACCGUCGUGUAUUCUUCUCCUUCAUGUUGUACUUAGAAGUAUAUUGUUAUUAUUAAUUGAGUAUUGAUUGAUUGCAGGUUAUCGGUUAGUGGCCGGCCACUGCCUUCCAUGCUGUCGAUGUCUGUUUCCCAUCAUGCCCCCUCUGUAAGAAGAUAAAAUGACAAGUGUUAUAAAUAAAAUAAAAGUAUAAA